AUGACCGGGCCGUCGAUUCAAGACCGCACGGUCGAAUUCCGUGCCAUCCUCGGCCAGGCCCAGAAGCGCCUCGGCUCGUCCAAAGUGGGAUCCCAGCGGCAGGCCCUGCUGUCGGACGCGCAGCGGAAACAGGCGAAUGGUGCCGACCAAGGCCCGAGGAGGAGAUCGGAAUUCGCUCGACGAGCGGCCGAAAUCGGUCGGGGUAUCACUGCGACGACCGCGAAGUUGCAGCGACUGGCCGAACUUGCGAAACGCAAGACGCUGUUCGAUGACCGGCCCGUCGAGAUUUCGGAGUUGACCUAUGUAAUCAAGCAGGAUCUGGCAUCUCUGAACCAACAGAUUGCCGGCCUGCAGCAGCUUACGCUGUCGCAACAUCCGAAGUCCAGUCGCUCCAAGGCUGAUCAAGAGGGAGAACAUAAUGACAAUGUGGUGGUGAUGCUGCAAGGGAAAUUGGCCGACGUCGGCGCAAACUUCAAGGAGGUUCUCGAGGUCCGGACAAAGAACAUUCAGGCGUCGCGGUCAAGGACGGAGAACUUUGUCUCCUCGGUGUCGUCCAAGUCGCAAUCCGCGCUAGACCCCCAGCGAUCCGACUCCCCACUGUACAACCCCUCGGGGCGGAGAACCCCCCAACCGGGUGGUUCGUCAGAUCUCUUGACACUCGAUCCUUCGAACCCCUCCCCACUCGGACAAUCGGCGAUGCACUCCGACCAGCAACUCUUGAUGAUGGAGGAAGCGCAGAACAGCAAUUCCUAUAUCCAAGCGCGAGGCGAGGCUAUCGAUGCAAUCGAACGGACAAUCAGCGAGCUCGGCGGUAUCUUCGGACAGCUGGCACAGAUGGUCAACGAGCAGACGGAGAUGAUCCAGCGGAUAGACGCCAACACGGAGGACGUGGUGGACAACGUGCAAGGCGCCCAUCGCGAACUUCUGAAGUAUUGGACGCGGGUUUCCGGCAAUCGGUGGCUGAUCGCCAAGAUGUUUGGCGUGUUAAUGAUUUUCUUCCUUCUUUGGGUGUUGAUAUCGGGAUAG